AUGGGUACUACAACGCAUCCGCGAGAUCCUCCGCCGUUGGGGGAAUUAGCAGCUGUCAUCCAACGGUCGCUUCAAGCCAAUUUUGCGAGCGCGACCGCGAGCGUCGUGGAAUGUCCUGACCUCCGCCAACCCCCUUUCCACCUGGCAAGCCCUGGCCUAUCAGGGAGUCCUUGCAUUGCUGAUGUUGGUGGCCAGGCUAAUCUCUUCCCGCUUCCCAACUUGGACGCCCGAUUUUCCCUGCGCUCACUCGCCAGGGACAUGCAGAUGACGGAGCAGGAAGGCGGGUUCUUGAUCGGCGCAGGGGCAGCUCCAUUCCAUGACACAGGCUACAAUGCAGAACUAGCAGUGAAUCUUUACACUCCUCCUGGGCCUCAUGUGGGAGCUGGUGAUCAGGAUGUGGACAAAGUGAGAAAUGGCACUCGCAUUAUCCAGAUGAACCCGGAUGGUUCAUCGUGCUGUGAGCCCAUUGAAAGUCUGAAUUGCGGACUCAUGGUCAAUCUCUACGGGUCAACUGGAGAUUCUGGCCCCGUUCUCAAGAUCACGGCUCGGGCGCGAACCGGCGACCAGAACUUCACAAAUUGCAUCCGGCUUGGCCUGGCCGAUCAUUAUGGUGACUCAAGACCUGUCAGCCUCGGUGGGGCGUUUCUUUUAAAGAAAGGGAAAGCCAAAUUCCACAUUAUGCCAGAUUUCCCGAAGAGCGAUCAGCUACCUUUUCAGGAUCGAGAGCAACUGGAAAAGGAGUGGCUUACAUACCAUGUUUUUGAAGCCCCAAUUGUGUGCUUGACUGUGAUGCACAGUGCUGAUCCUGAAGGUUUAGGCUUGAGGAUGGAGCAUACGCACGGUUUUGAGACGGAUGGAAAUAGGAAGGGAGGACACUACCAUUACGAUAUGCCGGAAACGGCGGCGGAGGUAGAAUAUGAAGCUUAUUUGAAUGUUGCUUCUACUGUAUAUAGGAUUGAUCGACCAUGA